UCACGAGAUACUCACAUGAGGAGAGUCUGAACUUCAAGCCGCAUGGCAUUGGAAGACAAUUUCACUCACGGUAAACUGAAUUGUAAGUCGCUGUUAUGGAGAAGUUUUUAGUCCAAUGCCUCUUGCUCUUAUCUGUUAUUUCUCGUACCACAUGUUUCCAAACCGAAAUAUCUUACAAGAUCCGCGAGUAUGUGCGUGAACAUCAACAUUCGCUGUACGCUCGACACGAUCCAAUCGAAGAAUUCACAUUGGAACAACCACUGGAUCACUUUGAGCCGUCACAGAAGACAUUCAAACAACGUUACAUGGUAAAUACUAAGUACUGGAGAAAGGAAGAUGGACCAGUCUUCUUGUACAUCGGAGGAGAGGGAAAAUUAUCUCAAGCUGAUAUAGACUAUGGGAAUAUUGUGGAACUGGCUGAGCAGUAUGGUGGCCUACUCUUUGCGGUGGAGCAUCGCUAUUACGGUUUAAGCACUUUUGAAGACUAUUUAGAAACAGAGAACCUCAAAUAUCUUUCAAGUCAGCAAGCGUUGGCAGACUUGGCCGAGUUUUGUGUCUUUGCCCAGAAGAUGUACAAACUUACUGACCUGAAUCAGUGGAUUGCAUAUGGCGGUUCCUACCCGGGCAAUCUAGCAGCUUGGUUCAGAUUAAAGUAUCCUCAUCUUGUGAUAGGAGCGGUUGCGUCAUCAGCGCCCGUGCAGGCAAAGACAGACUUUCAAGACUACAACAACGUUGCAGCUGCAAGUUUCGCGUCACCCCUUGUUGGUGGGUCUGUGCAAUGUCAAAACAAUAUAAUGAAAGCCUUCGCCCAUGUGGACCAGCUGAUUGCCGCCAAGGAUUACAAAACUUUAGAGCACGACUUCUUGUCAUGCAAUGAUAUUUCACGGCCGAAUGACACUUGGCUGUUUGUCGAGAACCUUGCUAACGUUUUGGACGGAAUUGUGCAGUACAAUACUCAAGCUUCUGGUUUCAACAUAGCAUAUGUGUGUCAAUGUAUGACAAAUUCAUCCCUCACUCCUUACCAAUAUCUUGGUUAUGUGAUACGUUACUAUCUAGAUCGUGUGAGACUUCGCUGCAUGAAUAAUAACUAUACAGCAUACUUGGAAAUAUUCAAGAACACAACACAGGACCCAACAGGCUCUUCAAGUUUUCGCCAGUGGACCUACCAAACUUGUACUCAGUUUGGAUACUAUCAAACAUGCGAGAAGAAUACCAGCUGCAUUUAUUCUAGAAUCCCACACGACCUUGCUUAUGAUCUGGAUACUUGUCUUGAGGCUUAUGACAUCCCUGCUCAGGAUAUUUAUGAAAAAGUUGCAUUUACAAACGCUUACUACGGAGGAAAAACGCCCAAAGGCUCAAAGAUUGUUUUUGUAAACGGAUCUAUAGACCCUUGGCAUGCAUUAAGUGUCCUAACGAACCAAACUGCAACUGAAGUGGCCAUUUUUAUCAAUGGCACCUCCCACUGUGCUAACAUGCUUCCUGAUUCACCUGAUGACCUACCCGCCUUGCGUGAAGCUAGGAAGCAAGUUGCAGCAAUUAUCGGCGAGUGGUUGGAACCUAGCCGAUCUACUUUGGAUUAAUCAUGUUAAGCCGACUGAUAUCGUUUAUCUCCUGAUAUAAUAGUUACUUUCUAUUCAACGAAACAGAAAUCAUGAUUUUGUAUCUUUGAGAAGUAGAAGUAGGGUCAGUUGAGUCUUGGGUCGAUCUUUGCAACUUUCCAUUGUUCUUACAAUUUAAGCAGCCGGAAGGGCAACUGACAAGAUAAUUGAGUUUCAUCAACUGAGUUGAUAAUGUAAAUUGGCCACCAUAUAGAGAUACUAAAGCUGAUGCUUUUCUCAUAAGCCUUUCGGCCUUCGCUUUGUCGAGGGGCUAACGAUCUGAACGUCAGGUUUCGAAUCUCUUUAUAAAGGCCAAUUUACAAUUACACAUUACAGUUUCUUUAGAAAAAUACCUCCUCUGAAUACCUACUGAACUGCGUAUUUAUUGAGAAAAGUCAACAUUGAAUUCCAUUUCAGGAGCAAAAAUUAGAAGCACCUCUAAAAUGGUGGCUAAAAAUACAAACUAAAUGUCAUUUUCUCAGGCGAUAGAAUAUACAGCCCCAAAUUAGGAUAAGCAGCAUUUCAUUUCUACGCCUACAAUAUUACAGUGAGCGUAUUGUUGUUUCAGUCAAGGAAAUGUAAUCGUUAAUAUUAAAAUAUCGUAUAAAUUUGUCUUGUAAGUACAAACGAACCUGAAUUAAGCGGUCACCCUGCAAUCAGCGGUCGGUUGUCAAAGUGCCCCAAUUUUUUCCGCUCUUGUACUUUAAUUUAAUUUCCACCUCUAUUUGUUGUAAUCUCUUCCACCUGUAUUGAACCGUCUCGUUUAAAGUGGAACCACUCAUUUAAAACUGAGAAUAAUUUCUCAAAUAAAGUUACUACAUGUGGUUUAUCUCCCGGA